UGCGCAAAAAAAAAAAAAAAAAAAAAAAGUCGGUCGGGAUUUGCGCCGGUGUGACGUCAUGGGGAUCCACGGAGCUCUCUGACAGAAUCAGGAGUGGAAGUGGGGAGGAGGAUGUAUGAUCAGCCUCGUCGGAGGUGUCGAAAAGCGUCUCUUUGCCAGGAGAUGUAGGAGAGGAUGCAUGCUCGGGGAUUUUUUGCUUCCUAGCAGUUAAAGCGACUGCUGCCUCUAUUUUCUACCCGAAAAAACACAGACACACAGCAACAGACAGAGGGGGGAUAAGCGGCUACUAUAUAAUCCCUGGAACGGUCACAUUCACGGCAGAGGCUUGGAUCGGACAGAAAUGAACAGAGGCAGCACCAUCUGGAUUAAAUGAGAGCGAAAGAAGAGUCUGGGCGCACAAAGCGAGCCUGAAGUGUUAUGCCCGUUCGGCUGUACGGCGGUGAUUGGACUGGAAAUGGGAGCUUUAACCAGCAGGCAGAACAUCGGCGUGGAAGAAGUGGACAUUCCGUCCAAUUCGGUGUAUCGUUACCCUCCGAAAUCUGGGAGUUACUUUGCAAACCAUUUCAUCAUGGGAGGGGAGAAGUUUGACUCCACCCAUCCGGAGGGCUACCUGUUCGGGGAAAAUACGGAUCUCAACUUCCUGGGAAGCAGACCAGUAGCAUUCCCAUAUGCAGCUCCGCCACCUCAGGAACCAGUAAAGACGCUACGAAGCCUUAUAAACAUUCGAAAGGACACGCUGCGGCUCGUGAGAUGUAGCGAGGACCUGAAGUUGCCGGGUGACGAGGUGGCGGGGAAGAACAGGGCGUGCUACAAUGUAGAGUUCACGUUUGACGCGGACACGCAGGUCGCCAUCACCAUUUACUACCAGGCCAUAGAGGAGUUUCACAAUGGAGUGCCAGUCUACCUGCCACAGGACAGCUCGCUGCAAUCAGAAACGGUUCACUUUAAGAGAGGAGUGUGCCAGCAGUUCUGCCUGCCCUCGCAUACCGUCAACCUCAGCGAAUGGGCGGACGACGAGCUGCUGUUUGAUGUAGACAAGGAGAUCUUCCCGAUGGUUGUGCAGGCUGUGGUAGACGAGGGAGAAGAACAUUUGGGCCAUUCUCACAUCCUAUUGGCUACGUUUGAAAAGCACAUGGAUGGAAGUUUCUGUGUAAAACCUCUGAAGCAGAAGCAAGUGGUGGAUGGAGUUAGCUACCUGUUGCAGGAGAUCUAUGGGAUCGAGAACAAAUACAACAGUCAGGAAUCAAAGGUGGCCGAUGACGAGAUCAGCGACAACAGCGCAGAAUGCGUGGUGUGCUUGUCUGAUGUGCGAGACACCCUCAUCCUCCCGUGCAGACAUCUAUGUUUGUGUAACGCCUGCGCAGACACUUUGCGCUACCAGGCCAACUGCUGUCCCAUCUGCAGGCUGCCCUUUAGAGCUCUGCUGCAAAUUCGAGCAAUGAGGAAGAAGCUCAGUCCUCUGUCGCCCACCAGCUUUAACCCCGUCAUCACCUCCCAGACAUCGGACUCGGAAGAACACUCAGCAUCGGAACACAUCCCUCCCGGUUAUGAGGCUGUUUCUCUGCUUGAGGCCCUGAAUGGGCCCUUGAACACCUCCUCUGUGGAUCCUCCUCCUCUCCACUCCGGUCCCAGCCACGUCGCUGGUGUGUUGCCACCAUAUAGCAGUGAGCCCCACCCGGCCAGAUCCCUCUCCCCUCUUGACCAGUCCAACUCCAGUCAGGGAAUAAAACUGAAAAAGAGUGGUUCAAAAUCACUUUCCCAGAACUCCUCCGUGCUUCCCGAGGAAGAGGACGAGAAGUCUGGCAGUGAAUCGGAUGCAUGUUGUCCCAAAGUGGCCGUCGAUCAGCAGGAGUGCGGAGUGACUCCAGACAGCGAGAACCUGACGCUUUCCUCCUCUGGAGCCAUCGAUCAGUCGCCCUGCACCGGCACCCCUCUCUCCUCCACCAUCACCUCCCCUGAAGACCCGGUGAGCAGCAGCCUGGCCCAGUCAGUGAUGUCAAUGGCCUCGUCCCACUCGCAGCACUCUCACAUCAGCGCUGACACCAUGUCCUCCAUGUCAGGGUCCUACCUGGCCGGCGCUGAACCUGAGCCCGCUGGAGUCGGGGAGGGAGACGUGGAUGGAGAGGAGGACCGAGACGCUCCGAUGGAGAGCAGAGCUGCACCACACCAGGACGGGGAGUUUUCCAGGGAAUCAAAGGGAAACAAUUACUCUUUGGCUGUAGAGGAGCAGGAUUCAGAGGGAAAUGAUGUCACAGAAGAGGACUGCUCCUCUCCGUCAAACGGGAAAGGUGGGCGGAGCAGGUGUCCAGAGUUGGCCAAUAACAAUCAGGGCGUCGCCCACUGUGACACGCCCUCUUUGGGGUUGGAUAAUGAGCAGGCUCCAGACAGCCGAUUCGCCGAUUUUAUGUAUCUUGGGGGCUACAGGCCUGCUCUAGAUCCCCUCCCCCACCACUUCUCCACCAGCAACAUUAACCUGGAGGAGCAGGGGGCGGAGGACAGGGACGGCCAGAGUCCGAAACACCCCCGCCGCGGGCCGCUCAUCGUGUAACGGUCCAACCAAUCUAACAUCCCCCGACCCCCACACUUUAAAUCAGCUUUUCCACCUCCCGGCCCAUAGAGCUGUGUGUUGUGGGUACCGUCUUUGCCGAGCAGGGAAGCUUUUCCCCAUCUGUCUAAAGAUUGCCGUGACGAUCUGUUGCCGCCGCUGCUGCUGCUGUUGGACCCUGGGUCAAAUGGAGAGAGAAAGAAAGAGGAACCACCGUUACCAUACUUGGUGCACUUUCAUCUCAUUUUAUUUGUUUUAUCGUCUGUGACUAUUUCUGGGAAUGAUUCUCCCAUCCUGCUGUGUUAUUAUUUAUUACCUGUAGGUUUUAUGACGGCUCCGUAUUGUGUUAGUAUCUUUAGAAAUAUUUUAAUCCUCCUCUUCACCCUUUUUUUUCUUCCUUCCUACUGAUUUACCAGCCAAACAGUCAGGGGCUACUGUGAACGGCAAUCUGAUUUAUUACUACUAACUUCUUCCUCUGUGUAAAAAAACUGUUAUAAACGAGUGGUCGGACACUUUGACGCUAAACAUCAGCUCUCACCGGACUACCUUACUGAAGUAAAACAACACUGACCCCUUUCUUCGGAUCAGGGAGCUACACUCUCGACCUUUGCAUGCAGCUUUUUCACCUUUUCUCUCCGUUUCCGUCAUGCUUUGAAACUCCUGAAUGUAAAUUUAAAGGCAGUCGGACUUUUUCGACAGAUGAGCCAAGAAGCGGCGGCCAAAAUGACCUGGAAAGGAAAGAAAUGUGGAAUGUAGGACAACAAGAGUGGAGUUGGGGGGAAAAAAAGGGAAUAUAAGCGACACCAUAUAAUCUUCACUGAAGCUGGAAUCAAACCCUAAUUUCGGCGCACACAACCUUCCAUCCCAUUCUCUCCUUCUGCAGCUCUGUUAUGGCAUGUCAGUAUUAACCCAGUGCAGCAGCACGUACGUCCAAGCAAUAAAUCAACCCUGCACCUUCAUCUUUUCACCUCCUGCACUAAUUCUAAGACCGAAAUGUGUUUGCACUGUCCUAAUACACUUCAAACCUUCCAGUAUGUUCUAUGUAUUUAACCUUUGUUGUUGCCAUUUUGAACAGAAAACCUCCUAUGAUGUAGCAAGGACCCCCCCCCCCCCUUCCCCCAUGAUCCGUCCUGAUCCAGCAGCCUCCUCUCGUUUUUGAACCUCUUCAGUUGUUUUUAGUUUUGUAAAAAAACUUCGAUGUACAUCUCACCUGUUGUCGACGCUAAUCAUUUGUUUUGUUUCAGAACACUGUGCUGUUUCUUAGAAUGUGGAUGAAAUAUGUGAAAAUUUCGUAAAAAAGGUUUACAUAAUCAUGCAAACUUCAUGGAUAAAAAGAGGAUCAAUUUCUGCAAUUAAUGCACUACUAGCUGACUCCUAGAUGACACACUUUCUGGUGCAUGAGGUGAUGAUAGAAGUAAAGCAUGUUAGUCUAGGUCAGCCUGCACCCUCCUGUAGACUUGAUAAUGGACCACUGCACAACUCUGAAGCGGUACCAUGUCUCUCUGUAAUGUUAUAUUUCAAUUGUAGGCGCCCUAUUUCUAUUGGCCUGCUCAGGUCAAGACUUCUGCACUACUAUAACCGAGCUGCAAACAGUCAUGUGGUCACAGUCUGAAAGUGCAGACCGCUGCUUUCUGGCACCAAUCUCAGUAUGAAAUUAAAGUGAAAAUCACAAAACCCAACUUUUCUAGAGUGAACAUGAAAAAGACACUCAAACAAUAAAGAUUUUACAACUAAA